UCCCCUUUCCUUCAACAAUCUUCCUUCAAACUCUUCUAUUGAGCCAACCCCGAUCUUCCCUUCCCUCUCUUAUUCUCUCUUCGCUUUUCACUUUCUCUCUUCCUUUCUCCUUUUCCCCACCCUCCUCACACCAGUCAACUCUUUCUUCUCACUUUCAUCAACGCUUUUCCUUUUAUUUAUUCCCCACCCCGCCAUCCUUGUUGUUCACCGCUCUCUGCAACAUUAUUCUUCGCCAUGGGAUUCUCCGAGAAGCCGCAGCUCGACGGAGGAGCUUUUGAUUCUGAUAAUAGAAAAUGGGUCAUCGCCGGAAUCGCCCUGCGAGCGCCGUUGAAGCCGAUAUAUACCAUACCCGCCGCAGUCGUAGACAAACCGCCGCCUCAAGAUGACAACACCGGCGACGGCGUUGAAACAGACGAGUGUUGCACGACUCCGACGAGCGAAGAAACCAGAAUCCCCACCACCUUCACCUGCCCACCAGCUCCGAGGAAGCGAAAAACUUCUUCCAAGUUCAAUUUCAGCCGCGGGGCCCGGCAGUUCUUCAACCCGCCGGAUUUAGAAACUGUGUUCAUACGCCGUGUUGAGAAGGCUAAUUGA